AAUAGAUAUUCUAAGCAACUCUGAUCUAAAAGGACGGUCAUCAAUUUCCCUGCCGGCCGGCUCAUUUUUCUUGAAUUGUUCUACCUUCUCCACUCUCCUUCUUUCUUGGCUGGGCUCCUACUCUUUGGCUCUUCAUCUCAGACUGUCAGGGUGAAUUUCACUUUUGAAUAAUACUGAAAAGUAAUCAUGUUCCAGUGGAAGAAUAAUUCUUGUAAUAUUGAGGAACAUGAUGCCAUAUUCCAAGAACAGAAGGUAAAUGAGCUUAAAGCCGCAAUCGGAUUGUUAUCAGGCCGAAGUUUAGCAUAUUGCACAGAUGCAUGCAUGAAAAGAUACUUGAAAGCUCGUAAUUGGAAUGUUGCCAAAUCAAAGAAAAUGCUGCAAGGGUCCCUUAUGUGGAGAUCAGCAUAUAAACCAGAGGAAAUUCGCUGGAAUGAAGUUGCUGUUGAGGGUGAAAGUGGGAAAGCUUACAGAGCAGAUUUUCAUGAUCGAGAUGGUAGAACUGUUCUUAUAAUGACACCAGCUAGGCAGAACACGACGUCCCACGACAACCAACUCCGACAUCUUGUUUAUCUGUUAGAGAAUGCCAUUCUGAACCUACCUGAGGACCAAGAACAAAUGGUUUGGUUAAUUGAUUUCACUGGCUGGUCUCUAAGCAAUGCUGUUCCUAUCAGAACAGCUCGAGAAUCAAAUAAUAUAUUGCAAAACCAUUAUCCGGAAAGGCUUGCCACUGCAUUCUUGUACAAUCCACCAAAAAUCUUUGAAGCUUUUUGGAAGAUCGUCAAAUUGUUUCUAGACCCAGUGACCUUCCAGAAGAUCAAAUUCGUCUAUCCCAAGAGUGAAGAAAGUAUGGAUGUCUUCAAACAACACUUUGACAUGGAUACACUUCCAAUACAGUUCGGUGGGAGGAAUGAUACAGAGUAUAAUCAUGAGGAGUUUUCAAGAAUGAUGACAAAAGAUGAUAUUAAAGCAACUACAUUAUGGGAAUUAAAAGAUAAAGCCAGCUAUUGAAGAUUGAACUUCAUGAGAAUUAAAUUCUUGUUAUUAUGAAUAAGCAGAUGCGAGCAAGAUGAAAGUAAUAAAUCGCUCUUGUACUGUAAAAUAUAUAGAGAUUAAGGCUUCGUUUGGGAUGACU